AUGUUCAUAUCUAUCUAUCUAUCUAUCUAUCUAUCUAUCUUUGAAAUAUUUUUUCAAAUGAUUAAAUGUCGUGAGUUAUUUGAAAGAAAAAGAAAGAAUUCGCCCCUCUCUCAUCGUUCCAUGUUUUCUCUCUUGCUUCUCUCAUUCCCCCCUCUUUCUCUCAUCUAUAAACACGUAAAGAAAGUCACGUGUCCAGAUGGCUUUGCUUUCAGAAAAUUCAACAGACAAGACGUGUUUUAUUUUCGUCUCGCUUCUUUUCAUCCCAAAAGUGAAAAUCAAAAUCAAAUAUUGUUUUUAUCUUCGGAAAUCUCCAGAUGGCGUCCAAUGAGAGUGAAGAAGAGAUAUUCCAAUGCUCGAAAUGCGACCAUUUCCUGGACUUGGCAUCGAAGACAUUGCCAUGUCUUCAUUCUUUCUGCGGGCCGUGUGCCUGUGACUGAUGACGAGUUGAGACUGGCACCAUUUUUGGUGAAGUCUUUGAGGCGCCAUCACCUGGAAUCAAGCGAAUGGAAGUGCGACUUUUGUUCUGAAGACGGCGUACAAUCGGCGGGCCAGAUUUGGUGUAAGGAUUGCGAGAAAUUCUUGUGUCAGAACUGUAACAGGAUCCACAAGAGAUUAGAAUUGACACAUAACUGGGAAGACUUGUCGGGCGUGUCGAGAGGGGAGGCCAUCCGGGUCAUCACGACAGACGACUGCCGCCAGCACCACAAGUGCAAGGACGCCUUCUGCGAUCGGUGCAACGUGUGCCUGUGUGACGCAUGUUACGAGAAUCACGUGACCGCUUCCCCACAGUGUCCGCCUCGUCCGCUGUCGGUGAGGGAGAAGGCGUCGAAGGAGAAGGAAAGCGGCCCCACCCUGGAGCAGCAACUCCGCCAGUUCGAAAUCCACAUCCGGGCGACAAACGAGCAAACUAGGCGAUCCAUUGACCAACUGUCAACGGAUUGCGAUUCCGAAUGCUCAAAACUCUGGCAGGAUUUCGAGACAUUCGUGGAAAAGGCACGGAUCAAGUUGGGAGAGCUGUGCGACAAUAUGAGAGAAGCAGCGUCCGAACAGAAGAGACAAUGGCGCCUCUUCCUCAAGGAGAGAGAAGACCUUUUGGGGAAGGUGAAGAUCUGGAGCGACACCUUACGACAUUUAUUGACUGACGACGCCGACGAUGAGGACGUCGUUAGUGGAUUGAGGUUGUACAGAGCGGAGCUUUCUGCGUGGCUCCGACAAUCGUUUGCUCCACUCGAGAAAAUUCGGUGGGUGGUGACCUUUCCCAAAUGGUGUCACGAUUCCCUAGAGUUACUGAAGAAAGAAAUGAUCGAUUUCACGCUAGAGACAUCCGGGCAUUUGCAGCUGAAAAGACAAUGCUGCCUGCAAGAUUCGAAACCGUUGUGGAUUUCAUCGAUUAUCACCGACGACAAAGACAAUCACGUCUUUGUUUGCCAUUGGAACGGCGAAUCGAUUCAAGAAUUCACAGAGACUGGGGUUUUGGUCGGCCAAUUUCGCUUAACAGACGGAGGAGAGGGAUUCUGCCCCUGGGACAUGUGUCGCCUCUCCGAUGACAUUUUGGUUGUUUCUUGUCCUCGAGGUUUUUUUUUUUCUUUUUCUCUUUCCGUAUUUUUUCUUCUUUUUCUUUUUUUUUCAUUUUUUUCCUUUUCCCUGAUUUUCUUUCUUUUUUCUUUUCUUUGUUUCUCUUUUUUUUUUUUUAAUAUUUUCUUUGUUUCUCUUCUUUUUCUUCAUUUUAAAAUUUUUUUCUUACUCUUUUUUUCUUUUUCUUUCUCUAUUUUUACUUCGUUUUUUUUUUUCUGUCGCUUUUUAUAUUUGUCCGGGGCAUUAUUGGGUAUUUCCGGUAGCGUGAGCAUAACUUUUUUGUUCACACGAACUUUGCAAAGAGCAUAG